AUGCUGACUGAGUCCAUACCGGAACAUAUACCCUACGAAUUGGUCGGUCAACCAUUCUACUACAACGUUGUCCUGUUUGUGAUGGCGCGGGUUCUCUCAGCGGGAGCAUUGCGACAUUACAAGACAUGGGCCGACAUUUGCUCUAUCAGGAAACCCCGUGGGCGGGCCCAUCUUCCUCUGGACUAUGAGGAUCACUGUCUGAAUAUGCCUAUCUUCCCACGGUGUUACGCGGACGGUUCAGUCGACGAAUGUUUGACUUCCACAUCUCUGGCCGAUCACGCGCUCUCGGACGCGGGUUACCGAACAGGCUUUCGCGAAAGCCUCACGUUUCACGCAUCUCGUCGAGAGGCUCUGUUUAAAGUGGACAAUUAUGGAUAUUCCAUCAAUGAACGUAUGCGAUUCGGCGCCCACCGCAAUCAAGGUACCUACGCGGCAGCGUACCAAUCCACGAUCAGCACGGUGGACGGCCAGGCCACCUUUUUCGAACUUGACCGUCAAAACCAACGGCUCCACGAGCUCUUUCGCGGAUAUUCGUUGCGUCGAAACUACAACCAUUGGCCGACUUUGCCUGAAUAUCGAAGGCAGCAACUUGAAGAGUUUGGGCCGGCUGCGACCGACCAGAAGGCAGUUCCGGCCGUGGAUGAACGCGGAUGUGACAUGAAAAUGCGACAGAGCCUCUACGAUCAGAAACGCCAGACACGCGACCGGGCACUGAGGAUUCACCAGACCUGUCCACCUGCAGAGUUCAUGAUAUCUGAUGAUUUUCCGUACGAGUCGGACUUUGUCUACACGAGGAAGUUGAUGCCUGAGCGGGAUCGGCUGGCCGAGAAUUUGUUCAAGGAAGGGAGUCUCCGUGACCGGGUCGGCAGGACGAUCAUGGACGAUCUGGUCCGACUUCUCCAGACCAAGAAGUCGCAAACGUACUGCCGCGGGCUGAAUAGUUCUCUCGACGUAUGCGAUAUUUGCCAUCAACAACGCAUUGGCAGGUUUAACCCAUCUACGUGGUGGUCACACGUGUAUCGAUGCCGAAAGGCAGCGGCCAAGAAAAUCGGGCAAUUUCAAGAAUUCUGUUUCCCAUGCUCCAGGUGGUUCUGCAGUCUAGCUUCUUGGAAGCAUCACGCGGCUGAACAUCUCCAGCCCAGUGAGGAACUGGGUCCUCUGCCGCUGAAAUGUAACAUUGCGCAAUUUCGCCAUACCCUCCUGCGGCCGGGGUUCUGCCCAGAAUGCCUCGGUGACAAGGAUGCCGCCCCCGACGCCCGGUUCCGGCAGUACACGAACGCGAGCGAGUGGAAAAUGCAUGUUCGUCAUCACAUGAGCCUCCGCGAGCGUGGGCGAUGGGCUUGUUCCCAUCCACGCUGCACGGAUCUUGCGGCAAAGGCGACUUGGGAGGAGCUCUUUGAACACCUCGCAGACAUCCACCAGAUUCCUUUCACUGUCGCAGAAAGAGAGCAGGUGAAACGAGACGAAUCGACUCACGAAGAAGGACAGAAGAAGCAAAUAUAUCGGUAUGUUUCCAAAAGAAAAAGUACAACCCGCCCGAAGGGAGAUGAUGGUUUUAUACAUCGAAGCUCAGCCUCUAUGAAGCAACAGCUCAAGGGCCAGCCCACUCGAGAAUCGACCCACGAGUUGAAAACUCCGCGCAACGGAGGUCCACCCUUAGAGGCGACAGAGGUGAGGCGACUUGAAGUACACGACUCCCACGAGGAAGAUCCGUUGGGAGCAUCUGUAGCAGACCAUGACGAUAAUAGUCCUCCUCCACAGACGACGCGACAUUCCGAGAUCGUGCCUGAAGACACACAUGCACUCCACGAUUGUUCAAAAGCGGGAUUGAAUUGCCGAGACGAUGUUUCCUCUCGCGGCUCGUGCCACAAAAUGCCACCUCGAGCAGAAGGUGAUGACACGAAGCUGCAAACACUUGACGCUGUCGUAGUCCCCCUCCAAUCUGCUCAAGCAGAAGGAAAGAAAAGACAGAUCUCGGACUCCUCUUCAGCUUUUGCCAGUAAGAAGGCGAAGUCUCUUAAGCUCUCGGAGACAGCAGGCAGCCAGCGGCAGGUCAACAUUACCGUCGAGAUUCCGCCCCUUCCAGCCGAUUGGUGGACCAAGGAAGAACAGGAACAUCGUUCUCCCUCGAUCGCCAAAGAACAUAUCUCAACCCGGCGUACCCAGAAAAAGGCAGUGAUGCCGUUGCCGGAGAAGCCUCCGUCCAAGAAGCGAGGGAAAGUACAGUCUAGCGGGAAACCGAGAAGGAGACCGAGAGGAAGACCCCGUCGCAUUCGAGACCCUCCCCAGCCUCGCCAGCAAUCUCCUGUCGACGACCAUUGUCUGAGCCAAAUACGAUCCCGACAAAAAGCCCGUAAAGCUGCCAGCGUGAGUCUGAGCGAUCAGCCUGACCAGGAUGAAUCUGUUAGUUCCAAAGACCAGGUGACCCGCAAGUGGGAUGCUUCCGACGAACAUGAUCCUUCAGGAUUUGCUCUGGGGUGUGUCUCAUCAUCGGUGCAACCGAGAAGCUCGUCAUCUACCUAUGUCGGUUUACGAAGGAAGGUUUCCGCCACGGGUCCAACAGUUUCCCCUCGAGUGCUGUCAAUUCUCGACUCACCCGACCCUCUGGUCGAACACUGUUGGGAACGCUCUAUUCCCCUGCUGGCAGAGUGUUCGGCCACAUCUCCUCUCAAUGAAGCGGAGUUUCAGCACAACUCGAGAAGGAUUCCCCGUGAGCAGCUUUGGCGGAUGAACGCUCGUGAUGAUUGCUUGUUUUCUCAAAUCUCUCCCGGGUUUUCUUCAGCCGUCUCUUUCACCAAUUUUCCCAUCCCUAGCACUGGUGCUGGUGAGACGGCAGGCGUUGAAUCUUUCCCUGAAUUUCCAUUCCCAUCAGUAGGAGACGCCAAUGACUUCGGUCAGUAUCUUUGCUCGCCUUCACCGCCAUAUGUAUCAUUCUCGAAAGCUGUGCACAAUGCGCCUGACGGACGAACGUCAAUUGAUACCGAACAAGACCCAUGCAGCAAUAUCGCAGAAAUGUCAUUGACAGAGGACGGCAAGGCUCGGCUCUGGGGCGUAUGUGACGGAGAGGGAGAACUCCAGACUAAGUAGCGGAUCCCUACUGUGUUUGGCAAUGGUCUCGCGGGCGGUUGAGCUACGAUCUCCAAGAUUGGACUGGGGCUCUUCACGGAGAUUUUCGUCCCGUGCGAGAUGAUCCAUUACCAAUUUGCUUCGGGCAGAGCAGACAGCGCAUAACACAUCCUAGUUGGAAUGAUGGUCUCGGUAUGACUUCGUCGUCCGACUCAGAACUUUUCAAACAUAGUCGAGAAGUCUUGGCACGACUUUGGCUUCGAGCCCGGAG